CAUUGCAGUAUUAUAAUGUUAUUGUUUAUUUGGGUUGUAAAGCUAAUUUCACGAUUACAAAAAAUCUCGUGUUUUAGCAUAAAUGUGCAAUGUCAAGAUAUACAGUGAGUUGAGAAGCAUAGAACUGUGUAAUAGGGAGACAUCAUUUAAGCAUUCAAUGUUGUUAUUUAAGAAUAGUUUAACAGUAUCUUGAAAAUCAACUUCUUGAGUGAAAUGAGUUGUGUACAUGUACAACUGCUCACAUAGAUCCAGACUGCUUUGAAAAGAUGAUUUAAUUUUUAAGACUGGGUCGACUCUGAAGUGUCGCAACGCCCUGGUCUUUUACUUGACAAAUUCACGUUUACUUUAUUGUAUCCUUAGACAGUAGACACGACUUGUUUUAAGCCUUACGUUGAAAUAAGUUAUUGUCAAAAUUCUCAUCAAUUUUUAUGUGAGGAAUUGCAACCUUUAGAUUACUGUGUGCUGUGUUUCAUUGGACUAUUAAAAUCAUAUUAUGAGUCAAACAUUCGUCUUCCUAUUCCAUAGUUUUAUGGAUCUCACUGUACUCCUGGUUUUCAGAUGAUCAUCAAGAGAACUAGUAGUAUCAAGAGUGUAGCAGUAUAUUGUAGUAGAUCUUUGUCUACUGCUAAACAACUAAAAAUACAGGGACCAGCCAUAGGAGCAUUCCAACUAAUUGGAGACCCUCUUCUGACAGAACAUUAUGCAAAGGUUCGAGUAGCAGACAACAAUCCAGGCUUGGUACAGAGAGCACUGGAUGCCGGAGCAUUUGGUAUCGUGGCCCCAAUGAUAAUCAAUGCAGAAGAUGCAAAACUAUUGGUAAUAAACUCAAGAUAUCCUCCGAUGGGGGUUAGAUCUUGGGGCCCAUCUAGAGCUUUGGCUAACCCAGAUACCACUCAAGCUAAUUUGCUUGUAAAGGUAUUUGCUAUGAUUGAAACCCAAGAGGCAGUUGAUAACAUUAAUGAAAUUUUGGAUGUUGAUGGACUAGACGGAGUCUUCGUAGGACCCUGCGAUCUUUCUAUUUCCCUUGGGGUGCUCCCAAAAGCAACCCCUACCGAACCCCAUGUUGUUGAUGCAAUUGAAAAGGUAAAGAAUGGAUGCCAAUCCAGGGGGAAACUAGGUUUACUCUUCUGUGGAGAUCAAACAAGAGCUAAAGAGGCCCUGAGGGAGGGAUGGUCCUUGACCUUCCCUGGAGCAGACCUUAGUUGGAUAACAAGUACUCUCAGUAAUAUAACUGACAUCAAAGUAGGUGGUCCUCGACCUAUCAAGUCAAAUGUUGGAUGAGCGAAAAACAUUGUUGUGAUGCAUUUUUAAUAAAUAUUAUAAAAAAAGAAGUAGUAA